CAUGGAGAGCUCCCGCAGGACCCUGCUCACACUGCUCAGCUCCACACUCCUCCUCCUGGUUCUCAGAGGCAGCUGUGAGGAGACAGACUACCUGGAGAGCAGAUCUCUGGACUUCUACUCCCCCAUAGACAACAACAUCCACGAGAAGGAGCUGAUUAAUGCUUUGCAGGAAGUCUUAGAAAAACUCAAAAGUAAAAAGCUUCCAACAUUUGAGAAGAAGUAUGGACAAGUGCCCAUGUGUGAUGCAGGAGAACAGUGCGCUGUCAGGAAAGGAGCCCGUAUCGGGAGGCUGUGUGACUGCCCACGACGGACUUCCUGCAAUACAUUUCUCUUAAAGUGUUUAUGAGAAAAUAGUGGAGACGAGGGACCUUCCCACCUGGUUCUAUGGAGAGAUGGAAAGCAGAGUGUGAUUUUUACAUGAAGUAUUUUUUUUAUUCCUGUUCAAGCUCUUACAGUUGUACUUCUGUUCCUGUAUGUGCCUGUAAUGUCAUUAUUUUAUACAUAUGAUUCAUAAAUAUAUUUAUAGCAUGUACUCAUGUGUAAUAAAGGGUUUUUGUUAAAGAUAUCUCUUCUACCAUAGUGCAUAUGGAGUCAGUGCUAGCGUCUGAUUGGGAGAAAGAGAACCCAGGAAAGUUUUUGAAUCAGCAGGGUUUUUCCGUGGACCGAAUACAAGAAAUGUCUUUUUUUUUUAGCUAAAGCCAGGAGUGGAUUCAGAAGAAAUUGGAAAUAUAUAGGAAAAAUGUAUACUUCUUCUUCCUGCUGGACAUACUUCUGCAUUUGGCAUGAACAAUUGCAUAAAAAAACUUUGUGUGAUUCCUGUCUUAAAGCAACAGAACAUAAUUAAUAGACAGUCAUUACAAUUAAUAGUCGUGACAAUGAAAAUUGACAACUUUGCCUAAAUCAAUAUUACAGGUGAACAUGAGAAACUUUGUAAUAUAUCUUAUCAGAGUAAAAUGACCCCCCCAACACAAAUACACUUCUAAAAUAACUAUCUCUGAAAUUUAUGAAAAAUCCAUCUUGUGAGAACAAGACGGGCUGCCUGCUCACUGAGGGAUCAAAUUACAUAAUCCCUUAGAAGUUGAUAGAGAGGGGAGGGAAGUGUAUAGAGACAAGAUAGUAUAGGAAUGACUCAGCAGCUAAACGUAAGUCUCUUAUCUCACCCCAGCUGCUUUAUUAAAAUCACUCCACCUCAGUACUUCUAUAUAAUGUCCUAUAUGGUGCUUCAGAGUGAGAGUUAGAGGGCAGAACCUUCUGUCUCUAUGUGUACUCUAU